AUUGGAUUCACUGAUUAACACCAUAAUUAUAUUUACAAUAAAUCACAAGUGUUAUAUUAAUUACAAGUUCCAUAUUAAUUAAAAUGCCCGGAUAUAGUAGCGAUCGGUUCCCGGAGCUGUCAGACCACGAUCGGGACGAUUACACGUGUAGUAUAUGUCAGGAGAUAUUCAACACUCCGGUCACCACAACCUGUUGUCGACAGACUUUCUGCGAGGACUGUAUUACUGAUUGGCUUAAGACAAACACCACCUGUCCUUACGAUAGAAAACCACUAACACUAAGUGGACUGUCUCAACCACCAAGAGCGAUGAUGAACACAUUGGGCCGUUUUAAGAUACAGUGCGACCACUGGGCUCACGGGUGCAGAGAUAUAAUCAAACUGGAAGACCUGUCACAACAUACAGUCAACUGUCGUUAUAAAUUGGCAAAGUGUGAGACAUGUCAGUGCGAUCAGACACCAGUGCACGACUGUAUCGUCGCUCUAUUGGUUGAAAAUAGCGAGUUAAAAAUGAAAUUAGCAGGGCAAUUGCAAGUUAAUAAAGCGGCCUAUUAUAUGAACAAGCUAAAUACAGAGGCGCACGUAGAGGGCUCAGGUGGUCAGUGCGGACAGGCAUCGGGACAGGACAGCAUCGCUGAGCUGCAGCUGUUUAAACGCCAGGCGAUGAUAGAGAUCGAGGCGUUAAAACAGGCUAAUGAGGAGUUGAAAAAUAACACGCUAACCAUGGUCAAUCUGAAGGCUCGACUCAAGAAUAAAACAAUUGAUCGCACAAUAGAUAUAGUGGUGGAGGACAUGAAACCCAAUAUGGUUGAGAUGGUGCGGGACAUCACGUUUGAUGCCAUCGACCGGUCGGACACUAUCAACGAAAUGGCGGCUAAUAUUAAAAGUCAAAUGAAAGCCAAAUGUCAUCACAGAAAGUGGCACUGCUUUGUGUCCGCCGGCCGUAAUUCUGGCAGUAUUUUGUCAUUUGAACCUAGCCGGCAACGCCUCGAAGCGAUCCAAAUACUGGCCAAUAGUCGGGUAUUUGCCGAUAGUCUCGGGUGUGAAUCGCUCAACCAAUCCAACACUUCAUAA